CAAAGAUAUCAAGCCAAGAGCUCUUGGUAGAUCUUUUAUCUUUUUUCUUUGCUCUCAGCUUGAGAAAACAAAGCAGCAAGCUCUAACAUGGCUCUUGCUGGUAUCCUGACUGAUGCUGAAAUUACCACUGGCCUACAGAGCUGUCAAGCUGCAGAUACCUUUAAUUACAAAACCUUUUUUGCCAAAGUGGGUCUGAACUCCAAGUCAAAAGACCAGCUGGCCAAAGUUUUUGGGAUCCUAGACCAGGACAAGAGUGGCUUUAUUGAGGAAGAUGAACUGAAACUUUUCCUGCAGAAUUUCUCUGCCAGUGCUAGAGCUCUCACUGAUGCCGAGACCAAGGCUUUCCUGAAAGCGGGUGACAGUGAUGGAGAUGGUAAAAUUGGAGUGGAUGAGUUCCAGGCCAUGGUUAAAUCUUAAAGAGGAUUCAAAAUGAAGACCAAGCUAACUGUACUGUAAACAAUCUUUCUAAUUGCAAAUCUACUAUUUAUUUAUGCAUUUUAUACAAUGACAAUGGCAUUAACAGUUGCCAGUAUAUUCUUUCUUACUGGAAAAUAUGUGAACUUGCUAUGUGCUAUUUGAACAUUACUGUCUGCUGUCUUCAUUAAAAAGAAGCUACAUCACUGGAACCUAGUCUGGUAAUUAAAAUAAUUUGUAGACUUUGUGGUUUUGUUUCAGUAGAUGAAAGUAAAAUAUAUAACAAAUGUGUAAUUUAAAAUGUUUCUAUGGGCAGUCUUUCUUUAAUAUUUCCAAAAAAAUGUAACUUUUAAUGAUAGUCCAUGAAGCCAAAAGGGCAAGCCUCAUUUGUAUACCCAACUACCAUUUACCUUAAAUAAAUGGUUUAAUAAAACUCCUGGAUAUGCAAGCUG